CUUUCAGUAUUCAAACACUUGGCCUGGAGGGAGGAUAUUACAGGCGUGGUUGCUCUCACUUUAUUAGGGGAGGGGGGGCUUCUUUUAAAUCGCGUGUGUUCAACGAAGGUAUUUUUCUCUGUUUUGCUCUUUUUUCUUUCCGUUUCUGUUUUGCGAUGGCCAAAGGAGAAGGAGCUGAACAAUACUCCAACGCCAGUUUACUAAAUAAAUCGGUCAGCUCGGAUGCUGUCAAGCUCGCAAAGAAGCAUGAGGGCAAGCACAAGUUAUCGGUGUGUAACAAGAUAUGCUAUGCAAUCGGCGGUGCGCCCUACCAGAUCACAGCGUCUGCUCUGGGCUUCUUCCUGCAGAUCUAUCUCCUCGACGUAGCACAGUUGAAUCCUUCCUAUGCCUCAAUCAUCCUGUUCAGUGGCCGAGCUUGGGACGCCUUAACGGACCCCACAGUGGGUUUCCUGGUCUCCCGAAGCCCGUGGACUCGUUUUGGCCGGAUGAUGCCCUGGAUCAUACUCUCCACCCCCCUGGCUGUGAUAUCCUAUUUCCUCAUCUGGUACGUCCCCCCUUUUGAAGAUGGCAAAAUCUUCUGGUAUAUCUUCUUCUACUGCAUCUUCCAGACCUUGCAGACCUGCUUCCACGUGCCAUAUUCUGCCCUCACCAUGUUCAUCACCUCAGAGCAGAAGGAGAGGGACUCCGCUACCGCCUACAGGAUGACGGUGGAGGUUUUCGGCAUCUUGCUCGGCACGGCUAUCCAGGGACAGAUUGUGGGCAUGGCCAACGCUCCCUGCCUCAACAGAACCGAGGGAUUCAUGGCAAAUCACACCAACUUCACCGCUUUCGCCGGCCAAAACGAGUCGGACCACUCCAUCACACUGCAGCACACGAGGGACGCGUACAUGAUCGCGUCUGGCGUCGUCUGCGUCAUAUACGUCCUCUGCGCGGUCGUCCUGUCCGCUGGCGUGAGAGAACAACGGGAGGCCGUCGGGAUCAGGUCGAAGCCUGUGUCCUUCUUUGAAGGGAUCAAGAUGGUGAUGGGCUAUGGACCCUAUGCCAAACUGGUCAUGGGAUUCCUCUUCACCUCGCUGGCUUUCAUGCUCCUGGAGGGAAACUUCGCCCUCUUCUGCUCCUACACGCUGGGUUUCAGGGACGACUUCCAGAACAUUCUGCUGGUCAUCAUGAUCUCUGCUACUUUAGCCAUCCCGUUCUGGCAGUGGUUCCUGACUCGCUUUGGGAAGAAGACCGCCACUUAUGUCGGCAUCUUGUCGGCCGUUCCCUUCAUGAUCCUGGUGGUGAGCAUAAAGGGCAACCUCAUCGUCACCUACGUGGUCUGUUUCUUCUCUGGCGUGGCCGUGGCUGCCGCCUUACUGCUGCCCUGGUCCAUGCUGCCUGACGUGGUCGACGAUUUCAAAGUUCAAAACCCAAACACCACAGGGCACGAAGCCAUCUUCUAUUCUUUCUACGUUUUCUUCACCAAGUUUGCUUCUGGCAUCUCGCUGGGCGUCUCCACGCUGAGUUUAGACUUUGCAGGAUACGUCACCAGAGGUUGCCACCAGCCUGACGAGGUGCACUUGACCUUGAAAAUGCUGGUGUCAGGCGCCCCCGUCAUCCUCAUCUUCAUCGGCCUGGCAAUCUUCUACACCUAUCCCAUCAACGAGAAGCGGAGGAAGGGCAACUGCAAGAUCCUGCAGGAAAUUAGGAACGACGAGGAUUCGGAGUCAGACUCGACGGAGGUCACCAACAUGAUCUAGGACGUUUUGCAGAGGCCCUUUUGCACCAAUCGCUUGAUUGGCCGGCGUUUUGCACUGGACGGGAUCAACGGACCCAGACAUGGACCCGGGCGUGUCGGAUCGCACGGACACCGCCUCGCCCAUCCAGUUCUCCUGCUGCUGCUGCUGCUGCUGCCGUUCCGAGUUCAAAAACUGUGUGAGCCUCGCCGAGGCCUGCCUUAAAACAUCCCGGUCCUCCUUUUGUGUCGGUGAUGAUUUCCUGGCUUGACACUCGUCCAGUCAGCCACGCAUCACCGAGCCUUACCUUUUUGGACAACAUACUACUAAGUGCAGCGGCAGAAUCUUUUCCUUUUUACCAGGUUGGUCUCGAUUUUUGAAGUUGCACAAGAAGGGUGAAUUUGCAUUUACGGUGCUUGUCGCUGGAGCCGAGCCGGCUGCUCUUUUGUACGUAAACCGCACUACACAUUAUCGACCAUUAGCACUGCGCUGGGGAGAACUUCCUGGUACCGGGUCGCGAACAUGGGGAGGAACAACGAUACUGUCUUAAUUUCUGUCACAUUUCGAAGGCAAAGUUUCAAAAAUGGACAAACUGACAAGAGCGGCAAACGCUCUGUGUGCUUUAACUCAUAGUUUACAAAAAAAAAAAAAUCAAAGAUCAUAUGUGCCAGCCCGUUUGCUCCACAUUCCCGUCACGUUAGGUGUCGGCCUUCCGUCUGAGGAAGCUACGGGGAUGUGACGCGGUGCCAUGAGCCACCGCAGCUGUGAGCACACAGGUUUGCACAAUAAACUGCCAAAUCGUUAUUUUUUUUAUUUUACUUUUAUCUUUUAUAACAGCUACUGAAGACAGCAUCACCUCUUACUGCUUUAAUUUCUUGAACCGAUGCCAAACAGCGAUUGCAGCUGGUACAAAUGUCUAAAUGUUAUUUAAAUAUUUAUUAGCCGGGUUUUACAGUCCUCCUUCCUGCAGUAUUUAAACCUGUUUAAGGCCUGUACAGUUGUUCUAACUCAAGCCGCCAAGCUCUUCUUUUCCUAUGAUUCGUGCACCUUUUGACGUAUGUUGCCAUAACUACAAUCUUACAGUAGGUAUUCAAAGUUUACACAACCCCUGUUAAUACACACAGGUUGUUGUUUUUUUUUUUUGGGUGUAAAAGAAAACAAGUCGAACCCGGAUGAAUCCUUUCAGAACCUGUUUCUCCUUUACUGGAACAUGCUAUAUCAAAUCUGUUGUGGGGGGGGGGGGGGGGGCUUCCUGAAUGUCAGCGUUCAGGAGUCUAUCAGCAUCCCGCAUCCUCAGGAGAUUUUUCUGUCGGAUCUCAUUUUGGAUCUCGGCAUGGCUAUUUCUGCUGAAGUUAUCGACAUAUUCCUGAAAACAGACAAACAAAAAAAUAAAAAUAAAGACAAGUCUUGAACUUCCGGCAAACCUGAAGGUUAGCAGUCAAAACUGCCAUUUGGGACUAUUCAUGAUUUCUCUCACCUUGACAAAAAAAGUCUAAUUUCAUCUGGAGACAACUAACCCCAGCAUGACGCUGCCACCACCGUGUUUCCCUAUGUCUAUGAUGUUAAUCUGGUCCUGUGCUGUGGUUAUUUUGUUCCAAUCACACAUUUUUUGGAAUCAUGAUAAAAUGUUCCAUCACCCCAAAACACAACCUAGAUGUUAUGUUUGGAAGAGACGGAUUCUGUCUUUCAAUCCUAUCUCCUUCAGACAGAAGUAUGAAGAACAGGCGUGAUUUUUGCUCCCCUGUAGACCACAGGUGGGACUGCGUCCUUUUUUUUUUUUUUUUUUUAUCAAAUACGGAGAAAUGUUGAGGUUUUUUUUUAAUGUCACCCUUGCUUCCUAAUUUCUUCCAGUUAUUGAUAACUGCAUUGGUUAUGCCACAGGACACACGUCUCGUUUCCCUGAUCUUUGUACAGUGAGAUCAUCCUAGAAAAUCCUAGUCAGACAGCUGAACUUUAUUCCCAGUUGAACAGAUUGUCAUCAGAUACCUGAUGGCCGGCCCAGUUUCAAGACUGAGUCAAAAGGCGGACCAGCAAAGUGUUAGUUUUAGGAUGUGCCCUCUGAUGGAACCAGAACAUCACAGCUUUUUACUUUUUUUUUUUUUUUUUUUUCCCCUCCAACAUUAAUUUUGUUUUUGUUUUUUUUUGUAACUGUACAGAAAAUAUAUCGGAUAAGGUUCUGAAAGGAUUCGUCUCAUCUCCGCGUCACAAAAACCUGAAACUGUAACAGGAGUGUGCAAACAUUUUUUUUUUUAACCUCCGCUGCAACACGGUAUGCGCAAAAAAAAAAAGGGAAAGCACACUGUUGUGGUUGGAAAAAUGAGUACUUUUUUUAAUAUAUAUAUAUAUUUAUUUAAUCAACAAAGACACUUUCAUCAUCUCAGUCCUAAAAAAAUAAAAUAAAAUAAGGGCUGGCAUGUUUCAUAUCUGCUGAUAUGGAAAUGUAGUGUCAUAUGUUAUACAUAGUGAUGCAUCUUAGACGUGACAACUAAGUUGUCAUAGUGACAAUGUUUUAAUGCAUUACCCUUCUUUUCUCUCAUCUUAAUCUGUCACCUCUGAACGAUACUGUACGUGCCAACAUUGCUGACCCGUCCUGUAAUUAUUGUACAUUCUGUAAAGAUUCCCCAGUUUGGUUCUCUGGUGAGUGUGUGUGCGCGCGUGUGUGUGUGUGUGCGUGUGUGUGUGUGUGUGUGCAUUCUUUUUAUAUGUACAUUUCUUUCGUGACUGAGGCUGUUGACAAACGUGGGAGCUUUAUUUCCACGUGGAAACACACAAGCCUUGUAGACCUGCCUCCUGUGCAUAUGUAAAUAUUGUACAUAAACCUGUAAAUGGAUCCGAUGUUUGUGUGUCUGCAAGUGAACAAAGUUAUGUACACUGUACUGCAGUUGAAGAUGAAUAAUGUGAUGGAAGAAAAUAAAUAAUAAAAGCUAAUUAAGUGGAAUGAAAACCACUUGGUUUUGUUUCUCAAGAUA